AUGACCUCAACCUUCAACCCCCGAGAAUGUAAGCUAGCCAAACAAGAAGGGCAAAGCUAUGGUUUCUUCCUGAGAAUUGAGAAGGACACCGAUGGCCAUCUGGUCCGAGUCAUUGAGAAGGGUAGCCCAGCAGAGAAGGCUGGCCUCCAGGAUGGAGACAGAGUUCUUAGGAUCAAUGGUGUUUUUGUGGACAAAGAAGAACAUAUGCAGGUUGUAGAUCUCGUCAGAAAUAGUGGAAAUUCAGUAACUUUGUUAGUUUUGGAUGGGAACUCCUAUGAGAAAGCCAUUAAAAAACAGGUAGACUUGAAGGAAUUGGGGCAAAGUCAGUCACCAGGUUUGAGUGAGAAGGAGUUGCCCCUGGUGAUGAAUGGUGAAGCAGAGAUUUGGACCCAGCCUCGGCUAUGCUACCUGGUGAAGGAGGGAAACAGCUAUGGUUUCUCUCUGAAAACAGUCCAAGGUAAAAAGGGAGUGUACAUGACUGACAUCACACCUCAAGGUGUGGCUAUGAAAGCUGGUGUCCUACCUGAUGAUCAUUUGAUUGAAGUGAAUGGAGAGAAUGUAGAAAAUGCCAGCCAUGAGGAAGUGGUUGAAAAGGUGAAGAAGUCAGGAAGCCGCGUUAUGUUCCUGUUAGUAGACAAGGAAACUGACAAGCGCUAUAAAGAAGAGAAGAUACAGUUCAAUAGAGAAACAACUAGUUUGAAACUGCUACCUCACCAUCCCCGAGUGGUGGAGAUGAAGAAAGGCAGUGAUGGCUAUGGUUUCUACCUGAAGGACGGUCCAAGACAGAAAGGUCAAAUCAUCGGUCAAAUCAUCAAGGACAUAGACUCUGGAAGCCCAGCAGAGAAGGGUGGCCUGAAGAACAAUGAUCUGAUCAUUGCUGUCAAUGACAAGUCUGUGGAAGACCUCGAUCAUGAUGGUGUGGUGGAAAUGAUUAGGAAGGGUGGAGAUAAGACUUCACUGUUGGUGGUAGACAAGGAGACAGACAACAUGUAUAGAUUGGCUAAUUUUUCUCCAUAUCUCUACUAUCAAAGUCAAGAAUUACCCAACGGGUCUGUCAGUGAGGCUCCUGUGCCGCUGGAAGUCGGAAACUCCAAUACUUCAGAGGAAGUAGAUCAGAAGCCUAAACUCUGCAGGCUGGCUAGAGGUGAAAAUGGCUAUGGCUUUCAUUUGAAUGCCAUUCGGAACCUGCCAGGCUCAUUCGUCAAAGAGGUACAAAAGGGCAGUCCUGCUGCUCUGGCAGGGCUGGAAGAUGAAGAUAUCAUCAUUGAAGUGAACGGGGUGAAUGUGCAGGAGGAACCCUAUGAGAAAGUGGUAGACAGAAUCCAGCGCAGUGGGAACAAUGUCCUACUCCUCGUCUGUGGAAAGACGGCCUAUGAUUAUUUCCAGGCAAAGAAAAUCCCUGUUGUUUCUUCCAUGGCUGAUCCACUGGAUGUACCUCCUGAUUCCAAAGAAGAAACAAUGGCAGAGACAGAGCUUGACUCUUACCCAAUAAAAGAACGAGCCCACAGUACAGCCUCUCAUUCUUCUUCCAACUCUGAAGAUACAGCCAUGUGA